AUGACCUUCCCCGACGCAGCUGCCAUAGCUGACCGCCGCCGCCGCUUCCGCGCACUGCACGAGCGCGGCUGCUUCAUCAUCCCGAACCCCUGGGACGCAGGCAGCGCGCGCUAUCUCGCGAGCGCAGGUUUCCAAGCUGUGGCCUCAACAUCCUCCGGCUUCGCAUGGACGCGGAGCGCCGAAGACAGCGCGCUGACGCUGGACGAGACACUAGCGCACCUGCGCGACCUCGUGUCUGCCUCGCACUUGCCCGUGAACGCGGACUUUGUCGACGGGUUCGGCGCGACGCCAGACGACGUCGUCGCGAGCGUGGCGCGCGCAAUCGAGACGGGCGUCGCAGGCCUGUCUAUCGAGGACGCGUACUCGGCGCCCGCGGAGCGCGGGGCGCACGCCGAGCCGCUCCGCCCCGUCGCGGAAGCAGCGGCGCGCGUAGCCGCCGCCCGCAGAGCCAUCGAUGCGUCGGGGCACGACGUGGUUCUCGUCGGGCGCGCGGAGAACUUCAUCGCCGGCCGCCCCGAUAUCGAGGACACGAUCGUGCGCCUCAAGGCUUACGCUGACGCCGGCGCUGAUUGCCUGUACGCGCCAGGCAUCGCUACGCCCGAGCAUAUUGCCGCGGUCGUGGCGGCUGUCGCGCCCAAACCUGUCAACCUCCUCGUUGGGGGUGCGUCGCAGUUCAGCCUCGCGGAGAUCGAGAAGAUGGGCGUGCGGCGCGUAAGUGUUGGCGGUGCGCUGGCCCGCGUCGCAUGGGGCGCAGUUAUGCGCGCGACGAGCGCGCUCGCGGAGGGCGACUUUAGCGCUCUGGGGGACGCGGCGAGUGGGGCCGCUCUGAACGAGAUCAUGCGUGGGUCGUGA